AUGAGUACUCAAAGUCGUACUCAGAGUACUUAUUACUCACUCAUGAGUACUCAGGUGAGUACUCAACAUUUUGUAACAAAAGAUCGUAAAGUUCUUAAAAAUCCUGAUCUUUCUAGAUCUGGCUAUUUAAAAAUCCCAUUAUCAAUUACUCAGGAUUUAACGUCGAACACGUUAGAAACAUACAAAAAUGUUAUUGAACAGUUGACCGAACUUGUGGUAUUACCGAUUGAAUUAAAUUCCGAAAAUGAAUUUUUUUUAGUCAAAUUCAAUGGAUCAAAAAUUCCUAAAGCCUAUGUUAAACGAAACGAUAUUGAAUAUUCAUAUGCUCCUGUAGAACACAAAUUAGCAGUACAAAUCAAUAAAAAUAGAAAAAAAUUUGCAAACGAAUUUCCUACCGAUAAAGAGGAAAAAUUAGACAAUAUUAUAAGUAAGUUGAAUCAACCGGACAGAAGAGGAAAGAUUAGUAAGACAAAGUUGUGAGAUACACCAAUAACUCUUCUAUAUCUACUCACUUCACUCAUUUUGCAAAUUAUCGGGGAAAAAUCACUUUAAGCCUGAAAAGCCACUUAAAGGGCGGCGGACGAUUUCUGCAAGAAAAUGACCUUAUCUAUUUUUGAGAAAAUAAUGAAUGGAACCGAACCGUUCGUUAUUUAGUAUUAAUGCAGAUCUUUCUUCAUAUUUGCUGUAGCUAUUAUCUUCUAGGAGAAAAACUGAUAAUGCACGUGCAUUAAUGGUUUUGAGAGCACCGUGAAUAAAAGUCGCGAAGUUAUGUACUAUUCAACGUAUAAAUACUGGACGGUAUACUUUCUAAAAAGCUGAUGUAUUUGAAACACGUUAAAUUCUGCAGUUUUCUAUAUCAUAAACAUUUCCGGUUCGAUUUUAUGUAUAUUCUUCGACAGUAUUUGUUCAAUACAUCUACGAAGGCAAAUUUUCAAAUAAUGUGUUAUAGCUCAUUUUAUAGUUUUUUUCAAUUCUACAUUUUUUUGUGUUUAAACCAUUCCGGGUCUGAGUGCACUGGCAAAACUAUAUGCAAUGAGGGUCACAUAUAUGGGUCAAUUCAAUACAGAUAUAUUUAUUAGAUAUUCGUCUUAAGAACAAAUGGCGUCGGACAAUCAACUCUUACAAAUACACGAAAACGUUUCUAAGUUCAAAAAAUAUUUUAUUACGACUUAGUUUUGAAAAAAGAACAUGCAUUGAUCAUUCCCCAGUGUGGAGAGAUUGUCUUCCCAUUUUAAAAAGUUUUCUAAGUAGCGUAGUUCACUAGAUCACAUUGUGCACAUUUUGUAAAAAAAUGACUAAACAAAAAUAAAAUAAAAUCCCCGUAAAAACAUAUAAUGUCUGUCGACAAAAUUAGAAUUUAUCAAAUCUUUUAUUGCACCGACAUGAUGAUAUUUUUAUACAGCUAAAUAAUAUUGCACAUAAUAGUUGCUUAUACAAUAAAUAUUUCUUUCUCUGCUGAUUAUGUAAAUAAAAAAUUGAAUAUUUCGCAUAAUAGUAUGUUGAAUAAAUUAACUUUCUCUUAAAUUUUUCAACUGUUUAUGAUACAAAAAAUUAAAUGAAUAAAUUAUAAAUUUGUGAUCAUGUUUCCUAGUUCUCAACUUUCUCGUACUCAAGUUUCCUCGUGCCCAAUUUUUCUGGCACCCACAUUUCCUCGUGCUCAUCUUUCAUCCACCUGUUAGUUCAACUUUUUCUCUCUACAGCAUCCUGAUGGUGGUUAGUGAGUCUGCUGGAUCUAUAUACAACAAUGUUUACUCUAUCAUAAUCCGUUUUGUAAACCUUGUACUUUUGCAAACUGCGACCAAGUACCUUCAGUUAUCGAUUUUAGCGACAUUCGAACAUUUCAAGCAAUAGUUUUUCACGAAAUCAUAGCAAACGAUAUAUCUAUUGUAGAAUGAUAGAAUUUAUGGUCGAAAUUUUUCUGAAAAGCUGAAAUGAUUGAGGCAAAACUUUCAGUUAAUCACUUGUCAGACCAUCUUUUCAUCAUUAUUUUAUUUUUCUACAUCUCACUCAUUCUAUUAUUCGGCAUUGCUUAGCCUUCUAAAAUUAUGCCUGACGCUACAGAUAACUUUCUAAAAGUUACAAAAAUUACUUUACAAUAGAUUGUUAAGAAGACAAAUCAGAUUCACAAAUAUUUCGGAAGUAUUCGAAGACACUAGUAAGAAUGUUCUAUUCUCUGUAGGGUAAUUAAAAAUUUCGACACAAUUUUUUCACGAUAUUUUAUAAAUGGUUGGAGAAAGCGCAUUGAGUUGCCUAGAAAAAAGUGGUUUUUGCUUUUACAAAACGACUUUUGUGAGAGAAAGUUUAAGAAAAAGUAAAAUUUUAAAACUCGUUGUCAAACGAUUAAUACUGAUGAGCUUCCCUACAUCUGAUGUAGCGUAUUACAUGGAAAGGGAAAAUUUUAAAUUAAAAUUUUAAAAAAUUUAAAACCCGGUGGUGAUAUAUUAUUUAUCAUGUGCCAUAAUUCUUUGUUAUCGACUUUUUAUAAGAUUAUUUACUCACAUGUCAAUGAUUUCUUUUUAAUAGAGUAACUCUUUUUUAAAGCUUCAUGUAUUUUAGCUAAAAUCCUGUAUUUUUUGAAUAAAACUUUUAUGGAUUUUCCACUAAAACCUUUCGGUUUUCGGUAAACAAAAAAGAACGGAACCCUUCCCCGUAACUACGCAAGAUUCUUCAGCAACAGCACAAAAAGCGGAAAACUGCAUCGUUUGGCACGUUUUCAGUUGAUCUACAGUUCGAUAAACAAAGUUUUUGACCGCCUUGAAUAGACAUUUGGCUUCAGAAAAAGAGAUAGAUUGGCAUCAGAUAUGGAAUAGAAAAUGAGAAAGAGAAAGAAAAAAACUAUACUUAUACAAUAAAGUCGACUGAGUGAAACGAUAGGGAGACUUAUUCUGUUUGGUUUCGAGCGUUGACUAGCUAAAUUCUUCUUUCUUUCUUUCUUUAAGUCGACAGAGUGAAACUCAAGGAGACUUAUUGCUUUUUGAUUCGAAAGCUCAUAGAUCGUAGAUGAUACAAAUGAAGUUAGUUUUCGGAUAUGUGCUGUAGUUACGCUGUAAUUAGCCCUACAAAACGAGUAUAUUUUUCAGAAAACUCGAUCGUUUUCUGUUAGAUAAUUAAUCGUCACGUGAUACCCUUCGUACACUGUUAGAAAUCUGUGUUCUUCCGUUCUUUGGAGAACAUGGUGAAGAACACGAAUGUGUUCUUUGAAAACUGAAGAACAGAAUAUAUGUUCUUCAGCCUAUUUUCGCGUUUUUGUUCUUCAGU